CAGCAAUGAAAGCACCAACCGGGGAUAAGCUCACCUUGGCUGAUGAAACCGAGCCACCGUCCUCGUCGUUAACUUCAAAAAAGGGAAAUCCGAGAGAUAAGACGAACAACAACCACCAUGUGGUUCCCCUAGGCAUCCUGGUCGUUCUCUGCACUGUGUAUCUCAUGGCAGCCGGGGUGCAGCGCAACUACAGGUACUACAUCAGGCCGGGCGUGGCUGCCUUCGACCUUUCGGCCUCACAUCCUUCCCAGGCCGAUGAAACUACAGAUGAGGAGUUGGAAGCUUCCGGGGCAUCCUCCUGCCAGCAAAUGGAGAUAUUUGGAAAGGAAUCCGACCAGAAACCCUCUUCGGCGAACUUAAUUUCAAAAAGACCCCAUGGCAAAGCCAUCAAGCGAACCAAAAGUGGAUCUGGUAACGGGUUGGUGGUCGGUAAGCAGCCUCGAAUAGCCAAGUACCCAGACAGCGGAGGACGAAAGAAGGAGGCUGCGGCCAAGAAGAGCAACACGGCAGAGCCAAUCAUCUAUCUGUUUGCCCUGGUAUUUAUCUAUUUGCUCCUUAAGGCCGCUUCGGAUAUCAAUCAGCACUACAAAUCGCAGAACAAAGGGGACAAACGACUACGCCGCUGCUCGCUGCAAUCCUAUGCCCAAGUACACAAGCAAGAUCGCCGGUCAUCCAAAGUCCCCAUUGAGGAGUCGCCAAUCCUCCGACGCAGGCAUAUACUGGCCGAGGUGCGGUCAGUGUCGGUGGAUCGGUACAAGUACACCAACUUAAACGAGGACUACCACCACCAUAGGGUCGGUUCUCCCUUGGCCAGCAGACCAAGCAUCCACUACCAGCACCACCACCACCACCAGCUUCCAUUUAGGCCAAGUCCAGGUGACGCUCGAUUUGAGCCACGCAUGAAUCGCCGCUCUUCGGUCCCGAUCAGCAUUAACUAUCAGACCGUUCACAUAUCCAGUCCACCUCCCGAGAUGGCCAGACGCGGCUCGGUCAUCAGCCUCACGGAUACCAGUGCUAUGCCCAUCCCCAGUGGAACUGUUGUUGAUCCAAAGCGUCGCGUCCGCAUGAUUAAUCGCCACUAGAAACAGAGAGCUUUUAAUCCCAAGUCAG